UCAUAAAAAAACUUGAUAAUGCUUUUCAUCACUACCAUGCAUAUUUCGUUUUGCAUAUUAACAUUAUUCACCGUUUGUCAACAGUACAUCGACUCCAUCAAUUUCUAAAGAAUUAUUAGGAUCCAUAUUUAGUUUUAGUCCAAGUUCAUUGCAACCUUAUAUGGGAAUCAGACCUAUAGAUCGCCCAGAUGAUCCUUGGAGACAAAAGCCUUAUGAUUUGCACCGACCACUUGUUUACGGCGGUGGCAGCUAUGAACCAUAUUUGACUAACAGACGAUACAAACGCGAUAUCCAAACACAAACACCAACUAAUAAUAUCUUAACACCGGAUAUGUUGGAACGUUUACUUAAAAUAAAAAUAGAUUUUCAACGCAGGUUUCCAAUAUUGUACAAAUCGUUGCUGGAGCAUACUAAACAAACAAAAGUUUCUAUAAAGCCGCCUGUUAUACCAAGCGAUAUGUUGCAUUCAGUAAUGGAGUUAGCUGCUGCAGAAAAGAAUCCGGACGAUGAUUUCAAUAGGGAAAACAAAUCAGAGCAAUACAAAGCGGGAUCCAUACAAGAUGAUAUAGACUAUUUUCAAUUUGAUGAUGCUGAUGAUUAA